AAAAUAUCGAUAAUACUCUGAAUCGCUGACGUUUCCGAUAACACAGCGGCAUCGGCAUUUUUAAGAAAUUUAGAAUUUGUUUUUAUCCAGAAAGAACAUGGAACUAAUGCAGUUAUUUUAGUACAAAUACAAAUCUAGUUAAUUACAUAAAUCUUCUUAAGUGCAAAGUUAUUUGACAAUAAACGCAAAUGCAUAUCUCAAUGCAUAGUCAGUUUGUGUCUCUUCUUCUACCUCUUUUCUGUUUGCUGUCGUCACUUGUUGCGGCAAAAACAAAAUCCUCAUCAUUUAUACAUGAUGACAUAGUCGAGUAUAAAGAUUUCAAGAAGCUCCUGCGUACCAAGAACAAUAUUCUAGCUCUAUAUGUGUCCAGUACGAAAGCGGCGGCAGCCGAAUUGAAAAUCUUUCGUGAGGCCGGCGAAUCAAUACGAGGAACUGGUACAAUGUUGCUUGUGGAUUGUGGACUGGAUCAGGAGCACAAGAAAUUGUGUAAAAAAUUAAAAAUAACACCCGAUCCUUAUACAUUAAAACACUACAAGGAUGGAGAUUAUCACAAGGACUAUGAUCGGCAAAUGAGUGUUGCUUCGAUGGUAACAUUUAUGCGUGAUCCCAGUGGUGAUUUACCCUGGGAAGAAGAUCCAGCUGGCAAGGAUGUUGUACAUUUCAGUGAUGCUGGCACAUUCACCAAACAUUUACGCAAGGAUAUAAGACCCAUGCUGGUGAUGUUCCAUGUGCCCUGGUGUGGUUUCUGUAAGAAAAUGAAACCAGACUAUGGCAUGGCGGCCACAGAAUUAAAAACCAAAGGCGGCUAUGUGAUAGCAGCAAUGAAUGUAGAGCGUCAAGAGAAUGCGCCCAUUAGAAAACUCUUCAAUAUCACAGGUUUUCCAACUUUGAUAUAUUUUGAAAAUGGCAAACUUCGUUUCACCUAUGAGGGCGAGAACACUAAAGAUGCUUUGGUCGAGUUCAUGUUGAAUCCCAAUGCCAAGCCAGCACCAAAAGCCAAAAAACCUGAAUGGUCAGCCGAUACGAAUUCGGAAAUUGUUCAUCUUACGACUCAGGGCUUUGAGGCUGCUGUAAAGGAUGAGAAAUCCGUUUUGGUUAUGUUCUAUGCCCCUUGGUGUGGCCAUUGUAAGCGAAUGAAGCCGGAAUAUGAAAAGGCAGCAUUGCAAAUGAAACAACAAAAUAUUCCUGGAAUUUUGGCUGCUUUGGAUGCCACCAAAGAGCAGGCAAUUGGUGAAAAGUAUAAAGUGAAAAGUUAUCCCACCGUUAAAUACUUUUCCCAUGGAGUUCACAAAUUUGAUGUAAAUGUGCGUGAGGCAUCGAAAAUUGUAGAAUUUAUGAAAGAUCCAAAAGAACCGCCACCACCACCGCCUCCAGAAAAGAACUGGGAGGAGGAGGAAAAUGCCCAGGAGGUUAUACAUUUUCUCAACGAUGAGACUUUUUCAUCGACUUUAAAACGAAAAAAACAUGCCUUGGUCAUGUUUUAUGCUCCCUGGUGUGGACACUGUAAGCACACAAAACCAGAAUUUACUGCUGCUGCCAUUUCCCUACAAGAUGAUCCUCGUGUGGCUUUUGUUGCUGUUGAUUGUACCAAACAUUCCGCACUCUGUGCCAAAUACAAUGUACGUGGCUAUCCAACUAUUCUAUAUUUCUCCUAUCUCAAAACAAAAGUGGAAUACAAUGGUGGACGGACGAGCAAAGAUUUUAUAUCAUAUAUGAACAAUCCACCUAACUCAAACGAUCGCAGUGAAUUGUGAUCACAUCUGAACUGAACUACCUACUAAACUAUCAAUCUCUCUUAUUUUCUGUGUAAUCUCAGUAUUUCUGUAUAAUAAUAUAAGUAUCAAGAAAAUAUCUUAA